CUUCAAGAAAAGAUAUAUAAUUCUUAGAAAACAAAAAAUGGCACACUAUAUAAACACACUAUAAUACUCUGUUAAUCAAAUUUGAAUUUGGGUAUAGAUUCAUAAUCCACGCUUUAUCAUUCCUUUUCAUGGGGCUUUCUCCUACCGAUCAUGUUAUCCUUUUUCCCUUUCCAGCCAAAGGCCACAUCAAGCCCUUCCUCUGUCUCGCCCGCCUCCUCUGCAACGCCGGUCUCCGAGUCACCUUCCUCAACACCGAACACCACCACCGUAACAUCCACAAUCUCACCCACCUCGCCGCCCAACUUCCCUCCCUUCAUUUCCAAUCCAUUUCCGAUGGCCUCCCGCCAUCUGAACCCCAAAAUCUUCUCGACGGAAAGCUCUUUAAAUCCAUGCCCCAAGUCACCAAACCCCUCUUCCGGGAACUUCUCCUCUCCUACGAUAAUGGAACUUCUCCCAUCACUUGUGUUAUUACAGAUGUCAUUCUUCGUUUUCCAAUGGAUGUAGCUCAAGAAUUGGGUAUCCCUGUAUUUUGCUUCUCCACUUUCAGUGCCCGUUUCUUGUUUCUUUACUUCUCCAUUCCCAAGCUUCUUGAAGAUGGACAGAUUCCGUACCCAGUGGGAAAUUCAAACCAACAACUCCAUGGCAUUCCUGGGGGAGAAGGUCUUUUAAGAUGUAAAGAUUUGCCAGGAUAUUGGUCAGUCGAAGCUGUAGCAAAACACAACCCAAUGAACUUUGUGAACCAAACUUUGGCCACAUCUAAAUCCUGUGGUCUAAUUCUCAACACAUUCGAGGAACUCGAAGCUCCAUUUGUGACGAGUCUUUCAAAGAUAUAUAACAAAGUUUACACAAUUGGACCGAUUCACUCUCUGUUGAAGAACUUAGUCCAAUCCCAGUGUGAAUUUUGGAAAGAAGAUCACAGUUGCUUGGCAUGGCUCGACUCACAGGCUCCAAGAUCCGUGAUGUUCAUCAGUUUCGGGAGUUUGGUGAAGUUAACGAGCUCGCAAUUGAGGGAGUUUUGGAAUGGGUUAGUGAAUAGCGGAAAGGCAUUUUUGUUGGUGUUGAGAUCAGAUGUGUUAAUUGAAGAAGCAGGGGAAGAAGAUGAGAAACAGAGAGAAUUGGUUAUUAGAGAGAUAACUAUGGAAACGAAGGAAGAGGGAAGAUGGGUGAUUGUGAAUUGGGCUCCGCAAGAAGAGGUUUUGAGCCACGAAGCCAUUGGUGGGUUCUUGACUCAUUCAGGAUGGAACUCAACAUUGGAGAGCCUGGCUGUUGGGGUUCGUAUGAUCUCUUGGCCGCAAAUUGGAGACCAACCCAGUAACGCAACCUGGCUCACUAAGGUCUGGAAAAUUGGGGUUCAAAUGGAGGAUUUAUAUGACCGCUCUACCGUUGAGACCAUGGUUAGGUCUAUAAUGGAACAUCAAGAUCAGAAAAUGGAGAAUGCCAUUGCAGAAUUAGCAAAACUAGCCAAGGAUAGAGUUAGUAAAGAUGGGACAUCCUAUCGAAAUUUACAACGUUUGGUUGAAGAUAUUAAAGAAAUUAAACUAAAUUAAGGCCUCCCAUUUUAGUGGUUUGAUUGAGUAUUUCAAACAUGUGACAAUUGAGAUUCAAUCCUACAGAGUAUAUAUUAUUGAGUUAUAAUAAAGUUGACCAUUAAUGUUUAA